UUUAGAUGGGCUUCCAGUUGAUGAGAGUUGCUGUUGGGAUCCACAGGGAUGAUAUUGAAUCUGCCAUCAAGACGUACCAUUUAAUGUCUCAAAGAUGGUUCACACAUGCAUCCCCAACUCUUUUUAAUGGUGGAACUCCAAGACCUCAAUUAAGUAGCUGCUUUCUUAUCUGCAUGAAAGAGGAUAGCAUUGAUGGCAUAUAUGAUACUCUCAAGGAGUGUGCUGUAAUUAGCAAAUCAGCAGGAGGAAUUGGUAUUUCUGUGCACAAUAUUCGUGCUACUGGGAGUUAUAUUCGUGGAACAAAUGGGGCAUCCAAUGGAAUUGUUCCUAUGGUACGUGUGUUCAAUGAUACUGCACGAUAUGUUGACCAGGGGGGUGGCAAAAGAAAAGGUGCUUUUGCUGUUUAUCUUGAGCCAUGGCAUGCAGAUAUCUUUGAGUUUCUGGAUUUAAGAAAAAACCAUGGAAAGGAAGAGCAUCGAGCCCGGGAUCUUUUCUAUAUUCUCUGGGUACCUGAUUUAUUUAUGGAGAGAGUACAAAGAAAUGGGCAAUGGUCAUUGUUUUGUCCAAAUGAGUCCCCUAGAUUGGCAGAUUGCUGGGGUGAAGAAUUCAGCAAACUCUAUACGCAAUAUGAAACAAAGGCCAAGAAAGUUGUACAUGCACAAAAUUUGUGGUUUGAAAUUUUGAAGUCCCAGAUAGAAACAGGGACUCCUUACAUGCUAUAUAAAGAUUCUUGCAAUAGAAAAAGCAACCAACAGAAUCUUGGUACUAUUAAAUCUUCUAACUUGUGUACUGAGAUUAUUGAGUACACAAGUCCAGAUGAAACUGAUGUCUGCAAUCUGGCUUCGAUUGCUUUUCCACGAUUUGUGAAGGAGAAGUUCCAACAAGUUGAUUAUGACAAAACGGUUAUUGAUCGGGUGCGUUCAGAAUGAGCCGAUGUUGUAUCAAGUCAUAUAGAGUAGGUAUGAUUUGAUGAUUCGAACGUUGUGGUCAUUUAGACUUAGUUCGUGGAAAUGUUUUUUGUAGUAUUAUGACUU